CUCAGCCUCUAGAACGAAAGCGCAAGCCUGGUGCGCGUGAAAAACGCCUGCUUCUUGCCAAAGCGACACAAAAAAACGAAUACCAGCAUCUUUUUAAUUGUAGUUGGAGUGUUCGUUUCUUCUGUACGUACCCCGUGUAUCAGUUCAGACUGUCUGCGAUUAGCAGUGCUGAAGGACACAAGCGGAGCGGGUUUCGAUACCGGGACAGAAGAUGCUGGUUCUUCUUCAUUGACGGUUCUGGUCCACCUCAUGGGUUAUACACACAAAAACACAACGGCGCAGCACUCGUGUUAUUGAUCACGAGUUUAAAACGGGAUCAUUUUGUGCCUCUUUUGUCUCCCACGUGCAAGAAAGUGGAUCCGUAUUUGAGGAGAGUCAGCGGAGCAGGCCUGUGCAAGACAGGGAGAGGAAAACUUCACAGAAGAUGAGGAAGAGCCGGAGCGUUCUAACUGUGUCACCUAAUGAGGACAGUAAAGAGCCUCCGGACACCAGACUAAGUGAAUCUUUCACCUCUUCUGGUUGCACGCUGGGGGUAGACCUGCGCAGAAGGAGGCGCCGUUUCUCCGGUAACCUACAGUUGCCUCCGUUAUCAUGGCGGCAGAUGGAGAGGUCACGCAGUCCGGAUGACGAGAUCAUGGCAAGACCAACAACCCUGCCCUUCAUCACACCCCCUCGCAUUGACAUCACACCUGUGGACUCUGAAUGUUUCGAUGUGGAAAAUGGCCCGUCUGCAAGCUGUAGUCCUUUGGAUCCCCAGGCCUCACCAGGUUCUGGCCUGGUUCUUCACACAAACUUUCCCGGCCACAACCAGCGGCGAGAGUCCUUCCUCUACCGCUCAGACAGCGACUAUGACCUCUCACCAAAGUCAAUGUCUCGAAAUUCUUCUAUCGCCUCAGAACUGCAUGGGGAUGACCUGAUAGUCACACCUUUUGCUCAGGUUCUAGCAAGCCUUCGAAGUGUCAGAAACAACUUUACUGUCUUGACGAACGUUCAGUGCACAUCUAACAAGAGGUCCCCCGUAUCCAACCAGCCCCCCAUUACCAGAGUGUGCCUACCUGACGAGUCGUACCAGAAGCUGGCUGUGGAGACCAUGGAGGAGCUGGACUGGUGUCUGGAUCAGCUGGAAACCAUCCAGACGUACCGCUCCGUCAGCGACAUGGCCUCCAACAAGUUCAAGAGAAUGUUGAACAGGGAGCUGACGCACCUCUCUGAGAUGAGCAGAUCUGGAAAUCAGGUGUCGGAGUUCAUCUCCAAUACCUUCCUAGACAAACAGAAUGAUGUGGAGAUUCCCUCGCCUACACCAAAAGCCCGCGAGAAGAAGAAAAAACAGCAGCUGAUGACUCAGAUCAGUGGCGUGAAGAAAGUGUCCCACGGGCCCAUCCUCAACUGCGGCAUUGCUCGCUUCGGCGUCAAAACUGACAAAGAGGAUUUACUGUCAAAGGAAUUAGAUGACCUGAACAAAUGGGGCCUGAACAUCUUUACAGUUUCAGAGUAUUCAAACAACCGGCCUCUAACUUGCAUUAUGUAUGCCAUCUUCCAGGAACGAGACUUGCUCAAGACGUUCAAGAUCCCAGCAGAUACAUUUGUGACAUAUAUGAUGACCCUUGAGGAUCACUACCACCAAGAUGUGGCCUAUCAUAACAGCCUUCACGCUGCUGAUGUGGCCCAGUCAACUCACAUUCUGCUGUCCACACCUGCUCUAGAUGCUGUCUUCACCGAUCUUGAGAUCCUGGCAGCCAUUUUUGCAGCAGCCAUCCAUGAUGUGGACCACCCUGGUGUUUCAAAUCAGUUCCUCAUCAAUACAAACUCCGAGUUAGCGCUUAUGUAUAACGAUGAGUCGGUUUUGGAGAACCACCACUUAGCCGUGGGCUUUAAACUUCUACAGGAGGACAACUGUGACAUCUUCCAAAACCUCAAUAAGAAACAGAGGCAGUCACUCCGAAAGAUGGUCAUUGACAUGGUACUGGCCACGGACAUGUCUAAGCACAUGAGCUUAUUGGCCGAUCUGAAGACCAUGGUAGAGACGAAGAAAGUGACAAGCUCAGGAGUUUUACUUCUGGACAACUACACAGACAGGAUACAGGUUCUGCGGAACAUGGUUCACUGCGCCGAUCUGAGCAAUCCCACCAAGUCUCUAGAGCUGUACCGCCAGUGGACUGACCGCAUCAUGGAUGAGUUCUUUCACCAGGGCGAUCGAGAGAGGGAGCGUGGCAUGGAGAUCAGCCCCAUGUGUGACAAACACACCGCAUCUGUGGAGAAAUCACAGGUGGGUUUCAUUGACUAUAUCGUCCACCCGCUGUGGGAAACCUGGGCCGACUUGGUCCAUCCGGAUGCCCAGGAUAUCCUGGACACACUGGAGGAUAAUCGGAACUGGUACCAGAGCAUGAUCCCCCUGAGCCCUUCCCCGCCUUCUACCAGCCCUGACAAAGAAGGGCCUGACAAGUUCCAGUUCGAGAUCACGCUAGAGGAGGAGGACUCAGAAGGCACGGAAAAAGACGAAAAAGACGAACAGAGCCAGGGAGACGAGGAAGAGGAGGUGGAAGAAGAUGACAGAGGGGAAGAAAUGGAAUCCACUACACACAUCCAGAUAGUUACCGAAGACGCCUCACCGGUCGACACAUAGGACUCAGCGUCUCUUGAUAGGCGGUAUCUGUUUUUUCCCAUGCGAGAGGAGCAAUCUUGCAGUUGAUGCUUUUUAAAAAGCCCACAUGGGGUGCUUUUUUAGGCCCCCGUGGGAGGAGGAUGUCUUGCCCUCCUUGCACUUACGUUUGGAGACAGUUUGUAGGAGCUCUCAGGAAAUAAAUGCUGCAGACAUUUUGGACCUGAACGAUUGACAGGCGACUUUGAUAAACAUGAAGGAUUGGGGCCAACGUGGACAGUUUGUUUGUUUACCAGGCGGUGUGGAGUAGACACUACUGAGAGGAUUUCUCUUUUUUUUGUACCAACACAGACUUUUUGUAAAGCUAUGGGUGUGUGAUGAGGUCAAACACGAACUACUGAAGAACAAGUAUUUGUAAAGAGAGAAACUGUUUACUUUUCUGUACCAUUUGUCUAAAGACUGUGUGCCUUUUUACUAUUGUCUUUUUAAUAGUCUUUUAUUUAUUGAACACAUUUUAGUAUAACUGUAUGUUGAAAUGUUUUCGUUUUGUAAAGCAAACCAGACCGAACAUGCAGAAUUGUUUUAUAUCUACGCUGGAGAGAGAACUUAGUGUCUUCCUUUGUUUGGCAAUAUAACUUAAUAAUCCAAACAUCUGACAAAUGAUCAGAAAACUAAGAAAUUAUGAAAGAGGCACUUUCUGUUUAUUCUAUCUACAUUUGUGUCAGACUUCUUAACUAUGAGCACAAACUGUUUAUUUGGAACCAUACAUCAUCCCAUCCACAUUAGAGUAAGAAAUCUUAGGCAAAUGCAUUGUUGCACAAAAAACUUUAAGUAUGAAGACCCCAUUUACUUGGAUUGUAGAACAAAAUACAAGCGCCCCAAAAGAAUCUAAUCACAAGGGGUCUCAUAAUGUACUAAAAUCACAGGGAAGCCAAAGCUAUAUUCGCUUAAUUCACGUUAAUUUGCUUUCAAUUCAUCAUAAUUGUCUUCCUUACGGCAGCCAUUUUCCACCCUUUCCGUCAUACCUCAGAAACGGAAUAAAAGCAGUCUAAACUAGCUUUUGUAGCUUUUUUACACACUUUUGAUAUAGAACUUUUCCUCAUUUGUCUUCUAAACAAAACAUCCGAUUGGCUCACUUUAAAGAUGGAUUAAAAAAAUGUACGUAAACUGAUUUCCUUCCCCAUCUCGUAGAACACCAAGAGAUUUCAACAUGCCAGUUUAGUAAUGAAUAUAUUGACAUUAGCAUUGUCGUCUCAUACAUUUUGUCACCGCUAAUGUUUAAGUUUGUGUGUAGUUCAUGCUUUGAGGUACUUUACCUUAUGCUCAAAGUCUCAACAGUGGAAACAGUUAAUGGCCAAAGUAGCAUGCAAAAGUAUGUUUGUGCGCACAUAUGUACGUGUCUACACAUUACUGUGUUUGUGUGUGUGUGUGUGUGUGUGUGUGUUUGAGCGUCCGUGGGGUCGCUCCAUCACCAGCCCACGCUUUUCACAACUCCUUCCAUUCACUUUGUUUAUAUAUGCGCUCAGAUCGGUCCUCUACUGUUUAUAACAGUGUAUUUAUUACCGUUAACUGUACAUAAUAAUGAAUAAUGUUUCUUUGUAAAUGGGUUAAUUUAUAUGCACUUGCAUUACCGAAAAUUGGUGGUGUUUCUUGUGUAGUGGGCUCUUGGACUGAGUCUGUUUUAUUUAGUAAUAUUGUUUAUGUUUUAAUAUAAAUAAAUAUAUAUUAUAUAUACUAUGUAUGAAUAUAUUGCACAAUUUUCAACUGCCCAGAACAGUAGCCUAUGAGACACGCGACCCAUUGGUAAAGGGGAGAGUCUGUAGAUAAGACAUAAAUACAUACUGUAGACAUCUGUCAGAUAUUAGAAGCUUUGUGUAUCACUGUUUGGUGUAACAUCAAUAAAUCAAGUAUCUCACGAGAUUCUCCACAGAAUGUGGCCCUCAAAUAUAUAUACAACAUUUUGAAUGGAGAUUGCUAAAAAUGGCUCAGAAAUGGCCUGUAAAUGCACAUUUACAGGGGAGGAAUUGGUCACCGACAUCACAAUCUCUGAAUCACAAUGUGAAAUCUAUAUAAUUACGAAAAUGUGAUGAUCUGUAAUUAUUUGUGCUAAUGUGAACUAUUUUUCUGACCUUGUUAGCAGUUUUGAAAUUCAAAUUGUCAGUAAAACUUUGUUAAUCUAUGUUUGAGAUCUAUUGGUCCGAUUUGGGUCCAAAAGGAUUCAACAGAAUUAGUGCUAUCUGCAUGAGGGAUGAGUUUUUAUCGUCUGGUUAUCCCACAUUGUUGCAGGUGAAUAUUCAAUGUUUCACACAAUGUAUGGUAAUAAUAUUGUAUAUUGUGUUCAAUAAAAUCUGAAGCUACUUUUCUAUGAAGUGAUUAAAGACAAAGCAUGAAUAUA